UCUCACGCAAGCUGUUACAUAUCACUGUGGGCCUGUCCAAGCGCCUGUUGCUAUCUCUGAGGUGUGUCGGGUGUGUCCGUUUACUGUUCUACAUAUAAAAGCCUAAAGCUUUUCUGGUGGUCAAGACAACUUCAAACGAAAAGUCAACAGGCAAGAUGACCAGUCUUUCUGCUAAGGACAAGGACACAGUCAAAGCCUUUUGGGCUAAGGUGGCUGGCAAGGAGGAACAAAUCGGCUGUGAUGCUGUCUCCAGGAUGCUGACAGUGUACCCUCAGACCAAGACUUAUUUCUCCCACUGGAAGGAGCUCAGCCCCGGCUCUGCCCCGGUGAGGAAGCACGGAGCAACCGUGAUGGCUGCAGUUACUGAUGCUGUCAGCAAAAUUGACGAUCUGACCGGUGGUCUUCUGAGCCUCAGUGAGCUGCACGCCUUCACUCUGAGAGUGGACCCUGCUAACUUCAAGGUUCUUGGUCACAACCUCCUCGUGGUUCUGGCCACCGUGUUCCCCAACGAUUUCACUCCUGAGGUCCAUGUGGCGAUGGACAAGUUUCUGGCUGCUGUGGCUCGUGCAUUGUCUGAGAAAUACCGUUAAAGUGUACACA